UAUUUUCUCAAUUUUUUAUAUUUUGUGUACAAUACCUCCGCUCACUCUGUUUAUCUCGAUAAUUCCCACCGCCUCUCCAAAACCCUCCAUCUCUAUCUCGAUAAUUCUCACCGCCUCUCCAAAACCGUCAUUGCGGUACCAAAUCGACAACCUAUCUAUUCGCUUAGGGUUGAUGUCUGGCUCCCGAUGGAUUUCUAGGGCAAAGUCAUAGAGGUGCUUCCAUGGCGAAGGGUGGUUCAUCACCACCAUCGAUGGCCAGUAUGAUAACUGGCUGGAAUAUUCACCACCGCCAUCGGACAGUUACCUAUGUUCGGAUUGUCGAUGACCACUGCCCAGUUGCAAUCGCAAUCCAACACGCUUUUCAUGCUAACCGGAAUCAAUCUGCUGCCUGUUGUGGUCUUCAGGGUGUUCGACGGAGGUUGUUUCUCUGGCGACUUGCCCAUUUCCAUUCCCGACUACCUCCAUAUUUUGAGUGUGCUUAAUUUGAGUUGGUGUUCUGCUAUGAUUUCCAUGGAACCCUUCCAUUUCUUCAUCAUGUUUUUACUGUUACAUCUCUAUAAUUUGUGUACAAAAAUAUCAAAAAUAUUAUCAAAAUUAGUUUACUUACAUGGAGAGGAGAUGUUGAAGUUUGACGACCUUAAGAAUGACAACCUAGCCACAAAAACACUUGACACUACUCAGGUUGCAAUGGAAACUCUUCCUCUACAAUAUUUGGCACCCCGAGACAUGUCAAUUGUACUGAGUAAUCACUGUUGGGUUCAAGCUGUAAAGGGUAACGGCAAAACAAAGCCUCAACGUGGUGAUGUUGCAGUUGAAGAAGACAUGACAAUUAGGCAAAACAAGAGUCCCUAUCAAGGGCGAGGAAGCCGAGGAAACGACAGCUGCCGGGGUAUUUUGGUAGGACCUGGUCUUUUAGAUGAUGAAGGAACACUGUUCUUUACUCAAAAUAUGCAGGGAAUGAUUUUAAAGGAACGACACUCCUUGAAUCUGAUUUUCAGAAUACCAAAAAUGCCCUUGCCUUUCUUUCGGUUACUAAUUCAUCAAAACGAUAUGGUGUUCUUCCACCAGGGUGGUGCUGAAGGGAGUAUUGGUGGUCGAUUCGCAAACAAAAUUGAUUUCGGUAAAUGGGUUAAAGUUACUGGAGGUAGAAAGGCUACACAAUAG